GGAAAAAGCUUACUAGUUAUAAAUAACAGUAAGUAGGCAUAGAUGGAUCCAUCGAUGAUCACACCGGCCAGUCUCCCAUGGCUUCCAUUAGUAUUACUACCAUCAAUUCUCAUCCCACACUUGUUCCCCAAACCCAACGCCUUCCAAAACCAUCAUCCAACCAAAACCUCUUCGUCUUCUUCUUCCCCAAAUCCAAACCUAAAUCAAUUUCAAUUUCAUCCAAUUUCAAUUGCACCGCCAUAUCCACCCUCCAGAAGAACACGGACCACCAAAACCAAGACGAAGAAGAAGAAGACGAUGAUGAUGACGAAACAACCCUAAGUGAAAUCUGGCGACAAAUCCAGGGCGAAAACCACUGGGAAAACCUGCUAGAUCCAACCCUGAAUCCCCACCUCCGGCGAGAAAUCAUCCGUUACGGCGAGAUGGCCCAGUCCUGCUACGACUCCUUCGACUUCGAUCCCCACUCCAAAUACUGCGGCACCUGCAAGUACCAGCCCUCCGAUUUCUUCCGCCGCCUGUCCAUGGCGGAUCGCGGCUACACCCUCACGCGCUUCCUCUACGCCACCUCCAACAUAAACCUCCCAAACUUCUUCCAGAAGUCCAAACUGAGCAGCGUCUGGAGCCAGCACGCCAACUGGAUGGGCUACGUCGCCGUCGCCACCGACGAAGACGAGAUCCGCCGCCUCGGCCGCCGCGACAUCGCCAUCGCAUGGCGGGGCACCGUCACCUACCUCGAAUGGAUCCACGACCUCAAGGAUAUACUCCACCCGGCCCAUUUCCGCGACGACCCGUCCAUCAAAAUCGAAUCCGGGUUCUUCGAUCUCUACACCACUAAACAAACCGCCUGCAACUACUGCUCCUUCUCCGCCAGGGAACAGGUCCUGGCGGAGCUCCGGCGGAUCCUGCGCCGCUACAGCGGCGAGGAAUUGAGCAUCACCGUCACCGGACACAGCCUCGGCGCCGCCCUCGCCCUCCUCAGCGCUUACGACAUCGCCGAGAUGAAAUUGAACGUCGCCGGAGAUUCGAAAAUCCCCGUCACUGUUUUCUCCUUCUCCGGCCCCCGCGUCGGAAACCUCCAUUUCAAGGAACGCUGCGACGAAUUAGGGAUUCGUGUUCUGAGAGUGAUCAACGUGCACGACAAGGUCCCGGCGGUCCCCGGAAUCAUAACGAACGAGAAAUUCCAGUACCAGAAGUACAUCGAGGACGCCAUAGCCUUCCCCUGGAGCUACGCCCACGUCGGCGUCGAGUUCGCCAUGGAUCAUACGAAAUCGCCAUUUCUGAAGAGCACGAAGGACAUGAGGUGCGCGCACAACCUGGAAGCUCACCUGCAUUUGGUGGACGGGUACUGUGGGAAGGGGAAGAAGUUCAGGGCGGCGUCGGGGAGGGACAGGGACGUGGCGCUGGUGAACAAGAGUUGUGAUUUUUUGAAGGAGGAGUACGGAGUGCCGCCGUACUGGUGGCAGGAGGAGCACAAGGGGAUGGUGAGGGGCGCCGGGGGGCGGUGGGUGUUGCCGGAGAGGCCGCGGGUGGAGGCGCAUCCGCCGGACACGGCGCACCACUUCGAAGAGGUAAUCAAGUACGCGGGAGUGAAGAUACAGGCGUAUUGAAUUGAUUUGAUUUGAUUGAUUCCACCAUGAAAGUGGGUGAGGGUGUAAUUUUCUGUAGCCUUUUUUUUUUUUUUUAGUAAAAUUAGGGCAGGGUGUGUUGUGUAGUGGUGACCAAUUUGAUGUAAAAUUUGGAUCUGCAAUAAGGUACAGUUUGGGAUUUGGA